AUGGCUACAGCUCCAUCGUCAUUUGCGUCUACGAAAGAGACUACCAACUAUGCAAGGCUAUGUCGCCUCCUGGUGGAUGUUGGAUCUCAAGUGCUCCGGUACACCUUUGACAAAAUACAUCCACCAGAGACUCUACAUACAGUUUUGGGAAGUACCUCAGUGCAUUACGCCACAUUGCAAUCACUCUACAAAGGGAGGAAGAAAGUGCUGAAUCCCACGCAAUGGGGGAAGUUGUAUCCUACUCACUCUCCCGUGUCAUCUGCAACCUUCGACAUCACGCUCCUAACAGUACUGCUUAGAAAUAUCUGUUAUUUGAGCACUCCUGUCAAUGGAUGGGAUCGUCUUCCCCCAGUUACAGACAUUAGCAUCGCAGGUGACAUCGCCAGAGUGAAGUACUACAGGAACACUAUAUACAGCCAUGCUUCUCAAGCCUCUGUGGAUGACAGUAGUUUCAGUGCUUACUGGCAAGAGAUACGAGAAGCUUUGGUGAGACUAGGAGGAGCUCAUUUUAGAACUGAAAUCGACAAUCUUGAAAACCACUGCAUGGAUCCAGAUAUCGAGGAGCAUUAUCGUGAAAUGAAAAAACAAGACGACGAUAGCAUCAAAGGGAAGCUUAAAGAGAUUGAAGAUACCACGAAAGGGUCUCUUGAGCAAAUGACAGGCGAAAUGGCAAAGAUGGACAGCGAAGUGAAAGAAGUGAAGGAAAAUCUGUGUACUUUGACAGCCCCAAUGGAAGAAAACAAGGGUGAAGGUUAG